CACAGCGUGGGGUGCGGCGGGGCUGCGGGGCUCACGCGCGGUGUGUCGGCUGUCCCGCUGGAGCCAGUCACAGCCCUUCCCCGAGCGCUCAGCCGGAGGUUCCCGUGGGCAGAUCGUGGCCCCGGCCCCAGCAGAAGAGACAGAGCAUGUUCUCAAGGUGCUGUGCUCCCAUGGGACUGCUUUUAUAAAGAAGCAAGAAGUGAUAAACUGCGUGCUUGGGGAUUGUCAUCUUGAAAGAGCUGAGGACUGGAAGAGCACAAAGAAGGCACAAAACUUGUUGAUGUGGAAGUACAGCAAGGCAGUGGGCAGGCUACAGAAGCAGUCAGAUGACCAGCUGCAGAAAGAGGUGGAUUGGUGUGUGGAACAACUGGAAAUUGGCCUGAAGACACAGAAAUCCACUCCCAAGCAGGUUGAGGAGGCUGUCCGUGCAAUCAGGACACUGCGCAGUGACAAGGCUCCGCUGGUGAAGAAACGUCAAAUCAUGAGAGCCAUAUUUGGAGACUACAGGAAGAAGAUGGAGGAGGAGCUGUGCAAACAGCUGAAGCUUAUGCUAUGUGAUGCAAAAUCUGCCAAGAUCCUGGAAGUGCAGAACAAGAAAUGCCAGGUCAUCAGGAAGCGCCCCGGAGCAUGCAGUAAAAGCCAAGGAUCAGCAGGAUCCCUUCCGGAGUCAGCCGACACACCUGACACAGGCACAUUCAAAUUCACGGUUUCUCAAGAAGAGUUUCGCUUUAAUUUCUUCUAGGACAGUCUUUUAGAUUGAAACCAUGGCUCAAAACUCUGCUAAAGCUCCUUAAGAAGGAUGCUGUGCUAUAGAAAAUGUUACAGAGGAAUCCCAGUUUAUUUCCUAUGGAAAGGAUUCUCCUUUUGAGUGCCUUCAGAGGUGCAAAACAGAUCUGCCAACCUGGCAUAUGAACCCAAGACUCAAUCUACUCCAGUAGUCCUCCAUGCUCACACUGUAGAAAGUCACCUUUGCAGCAUGGAGUCUGAUAGGCUCUGGUUUUCUUCCUGCAGAAUUUCUGUUAACUUAAGAAUGUCUCUUAUACUGUGAGUUUUUCCCACUCUCCUGUUGCCUUCAAGUAGAGGAGGCCUUUUUUAGCAAGUGAGAAAGCAGCACACACAAAACGGAAUGCUCUGUGAAGAAGACCCAGUUUCUGCAGAGGGAGAAGAGGGGAGGCAAUCUAAGUGCACUGGCUGUCUGGAUGAAUCCAUUCCACCUGACAGCUGUGCCAUGCAGCUUCUGGUGUCAAGGAAGCACAGGGCAGUGUGUAAUUACUGCCAUUCAUAGAGUAAAAAAGUUCAGAAUCUGGGACAAAAAUGAGCGAGAAUCGUCCUUGCUCUUUCAUCUAUUUAAUUGACAGGUGUUGACUUAGAAGAGGACAGCAGAUGCUGAUUUGUUCAAGCCUAGGAAUGUUAGAGCAAUAGUUUCCAGUCAGGGAAAGAUUUGUGUUUCUGAGCUCACUUUCAAGUAGCCCAGAGGAUAACUGACUUGUGUGCUAAACUUUGGGUGGUGGUGAAAAGAGCUGUGGGAGCCCAAAGGUUCUCUUGCAUUUGAUUUGUAUUAAAUUUUUGCUUUCUGAUCGGCUGAA